AUGGGUAAUCCAGCCGAGAGUUCAGACUCUAGUAAUCCAUCAGGAUUGACUUCGCUACACAACGUGCAAAGUGAAGUGCACCAACUCCUUGAACAUUUUCAUGCAAAAGGAAUUUUAGGUGAUUCACCAGAAGAAAGAUCUACUUUAGCAAAUGAAGUAGGAAAACUGGUAAAUGAAAGGUUAGAUGCAAUUGAAAGGGAAAAAGAUCCAACAACUAAAGCAGCCAACAUGAAUAAUAAUAAUCUGGCACAAGACCUUAGAAAAUCCUUAGGUUUGGUAGAAGAAGCUCCUCUACAUAUAGAUGACAGAACCUUUAAUGAGCUAGUCUCUACGAAGAGAACAAUGUACAAACCUAAUUAUCCACAUAGGACAAAAGAAGAAUUUGUACCUAGGGAUAACCCUUUGAGACCGGUAAUUAGCCCGGCGGCAUUUCUCAACUUAGAUUGUGAGAAACAUGCGUCCGAAAAAAUAGAUGAGUGGAUUACUAUGAUUAGAUUUACAGUAAAAUCAGGUGGUUACACUCCGGGAGGCGCCUACGAAUUGUGCAAAGCCACCAUGGUUGGUAAUGCUCAAAAAUACUGGGAAUCAUUAAUAGCUCAUACUCCAAUAAAAGAAGAAAUUGAUAAAGAAGUGUUUGCAGAUGGAGUACUAGCUAUAGUGGUAGACGCCUUGAAAAGAGAAUUUUGUGGGUUUUCGUUGUCAACAGAGUCAUUAGAAAAAGAGCAAUCUUUAAUGGCUUUAAUGAAACUACAAAUCUGUGACAUGUGCUAUUUUGAUAACUUUGCCUGUGAAUUUCAAAAAUAUUAUUAUAAUUUAGACUUGGCGGCCCAAAAUUACAUGUCAGAAUUAUUUUUUGCUAAACUCCCGGAUCCUUGGCCGGAAGUAGCAAAGACUGCAUUUCAACUUCUCCUAAAUGAAGACAAAGUAGUUGAUGGUUUAGGAGGAAGGAUACAAGCAGUGAGGUAUGCUAUGAGAAAAGCAUGCACUGAACUCCAAGAAGGUAUGGAUGUUCUUCUGGAACAGAAGAAAAAUCUAGGACUGGAUAUUCUUCAAAAAAGAAAAGUUUCAAAGGAUAUAGAAAAAGAAGAAUAUCAAGAAGAGAUAGAGAGGAAAGGAGGAAGUCCGAUAGACCAGGAAGGUUUAUUAGAAAAAGAAGUAACCUUAGAGACAAAGAUAGGAUAG